AUGUCCUGGAAAUUAACCAAGAAACUAAAGGAGACCCAUCUGGGUCCCCUCACUAGCACGUUUUCCCGGUCGCCCUCGACUUCGACCAUCACGGAUAAGGAUGAAAAGAGCCAGGGUGCCAUCUCGGGGACCGCUACUCCCACAAACGAGAGCAACAUCGCUGCGUCAGAAGCCCUGACACAAGCGCCCGUCGUCAAGACGCCCAAGCCAGGCAUCCUCGUCGUUACCCUCCACGAGGGUCAAGGCUUUUCUCUUCCCGAGCAACAUCGCAAUGCCUUCAACCCGACUCACCCAGGCAGUUCGCUGUCGACGGGAAACGCACUCGGUGCGGCUGGCUCUAUCCGCCCAUCGUCUUCUUCUAGGACCGGUGGCUUCAUGGGUGGCAGACCGUCAACAUCCGGCGGGUUCAGCGGAAUUCCCACAAAUCACGGCCGUAUCUCCACAAAAUACAUGCCCUAUGCUCUGAUAGAUUUCGACAAGGUACAGGUGUUCGUCAACUCGGUCGAAGGCACUCCCGAGAAUCCUCUAUGGGCGGGCUCCAACACACAAUACAAGUUUGACGUGUCGAGGGUAACGGAAUUGGUGGUGCACUUAUACAUUCGAAACCCAAAUGCCCCGCCGGGCUCAGGCCGGAGUCAAGAUAUAUUCCUCGGCGUAGUCCGCAUCAACCCGCGUUUCGAGGAGAAGCAGCCGUACGUCGAGGAUCCCAAGGCCAGCAAGAAGGAUCGGGAGAAGGCGGCAGCGGAACAUGCCAGCCGCGAGCGUGCCCUCGGGCAUAGCGGUGUGGACUGGGUCGAUGUGCAAUACGGCACGGGCAGGCUCAAGAUCGGCGUCGAAUAUGUCGAGAACAGGGCUGGUAAGCUCAAGAUUGAGGACUUUGAGCUGCUGAAAGUGGUUGGGAAGGGCAGCUUUGGCAAGGUUAUGCAGGUGCGGAAAAAGGACACCAACCGAAUCUACGCGCUCAAAACGAUCCGAAAAGCCCACAUUAUCUCGAGGUCCGAAGUGGCCCACACCCUGGCUGAGCGGUCGGUGCUCGCCCAGAUCAACAACCCCUUCAUCGUGCCCCUAAAGUUCACGUUCCAGAGUCCCGAAAAGCUCUAUUUCGUCCUGGCCUUUGUCAAUGGCGGCGAACUCUUUCACCACCUGCAAAAGGAGCAACGCUUUGAUGUCAACCGCAGUCGAUUCUACACGGCCGAGCUGCUGUGCGCCCUCGAGUGCCUGCACGGCUUCAACGUUAUCUACCGCGAUUUGAAGCCCGAAAACAUUCUUCUUGACUACCAGGGUCAUAUUGCUCUCUGCGACUUUGGACUCUGCAAGCUCGACAUGAAGGAUGAAGACCGCACAAACACGUUCUGCGGGACGCCCGAGUACCUCGCGCCCGAGUUGCUAAUGGGCAAUGGAUACAACAAGACGGUCGACUGGUGGACUCUGGGCGUUCUGCUCUAUGAGAUGUUGACGGGCCUCCCGCCGUUCUACGAUGAGAACACAAACGAGAUGUACCGCAAGAUCCUCAGCGAGCCGCUGCAUUUCCCUGGUCAUGAGAUUGUGCCGCCGGCGGCCAAGGACCUCUUGACCAAGCUGCUGAACCGCGAUCCGCAGCAACGCCUUGGGGCCAACGGAUCCGCCGAAAUCAAGGCACACCCAUUCUUCCACGCCAUUGACUGGCGGAAACUCUUGCAGCGCAAAUAUGAGCCUGCGUUCAAGCCGAAUGUGGCCGAUGCUCUUGACACGGGCAACUUCGAUCCUGAGUUCACGUCUGAGCCGCCCCAAGAUUCGUACGUCGAAGGACCGGUUCUCUCUGAGACGUUGCAGAAUCAGUUCACAGGGUUCUCUUACAACCGCCCGAUCGCCGGUCUCGGAGACGCCGGCGGCAGCGUGAGGGACCCGUCGUUUGUUGGCAGCAUUCAGGAUAGAUGA